AAGUUCUAACGUCUUAUUGAAGGGCAAUGUUGGCAAUGUUCACUCCAGCUACUCUUCAUAAGCUUCAUAACGUGUAAUCGUGUAAUCCAGUAAGCGCUGUGGCUCUUGUGUUUGGGUCGGCCGUCAUCCACGUGUUCGGCUGGUUCGGCCGGAUUUGUGGAAAACCAACCAACCGCCACAACCAACGAAGUUCGAAAGUUGCAGGUCGAAAGUUGCAGUGUUACAAAGACUUGUUUUUUAACAACUCACGUUAGAGUAAACGGCAGUCAUGUCGGGCUUACCAGCUGACUAUGUUGACUUCGAUUCGUCGGGUUCUGAGAUGGACGAAAUUGUUUUCGCCGACGACGAUUUCCACUUAAACAACAGCAAAGCAAAGACACGGACUUCGCCGACUAAAGCUCUUUCUGCGGAGCAGUGGCAGCUCCCGUCGGCAGAAACAGCUACGCUGGACCACGACUACACCGCUUACGGAGUACAUGAACAUCCUGAGGAUGUCGGUAUUCGGGUGCCUGCGGAAUUGCAGGAAGAUUUUCGGGUGGCUGUUUCGCGAGGCAAUGUGUCCAUGGUCCGGGAUUUGCUCGAUCAAGGUGUCGCAGUUCAAAUGCCUUCUCGGGGCAACUGGUCAGCUCUCGUGCAAGCCUGCAGUGAUGGAUGCCUCGAAAUGGUUCAACUUUUGUUGGACCACGGAAUGGAUCCAAACGGACAGGAGGCUUUUCUGACACCUCUGAUGGCUGUCUGCGGCUCUCAGAAGCAAACGGAGGAGACGUUGGAGAGCUGUGCAGUGGCACUAUUGAAGCAUGGGGCAGACCCCAAUUUAGCCGAGAGUAAGGGCCAGGCAACACCGUUGAUGGUGGCCGCUCGUGAGGGCCACUGUCGUCUGCUACAGCUGCUGCUGAGUCACGGUGCGGACGUCAGUCGUCAAGACAGCCGGGGCUGGUGCGCCGUCAGUUGGGCCGCCUACGCCGGCCAGGGGAGAUCAGCUCGCACCCUCCUCCACCUGGCACGACCAGAUCCACUGUCCCUGAUCACCCUGGACGGGCAGAUGCCCUCAGACCUGGCCAUUGGUCAGGGGUGCCACACGCUCGGCCAAACACUCCUCAAGUAUGAGACAGAGUACCAGCAAGGAGACGGAAAUGUUGUUCCAGACGAUGAGAUCGCUGCCGGUAUGCCCUCUCCGAGGGGCUUCAAAGAUGCCUUCGGAGACGUUUCUCUGAUGCUUGCGGCCAUGGGGGCCGAGCACCUCUUGCCGACGUUCGAGAGCCACGGAGUCGGCUUUCGGGAGAUGCUGACGCUCGAUGAUGCGGCGCUGUCAAAGAUGGGGGUGGAGUCUGCCAGCGAGAGAACCAAGCUCCUGGAAGGCAUCCAAUCGACUCGGCGCUUCCAGGUGCACAGCCACGUACCCUGCACCGGUAUGGACUUGACACUGGAGUCAUUUCUGUCCGCGCUGGACCUGAGCGACUUGGCGGACACUCUGCACGAACACGGGGUGUCCACCUUGGAUGCCCUUCUGCGGCUAGACGACGCGGGCUUGGAGAAGGCGGGCGUCGCACAGGUCGGUCUGCGAGGCCGGCUGGGGGCGGCCAUUCAGAGGGCCCACCAGAUGCCCUGGCACAAGAGCAGCGUGGUGGACCUGCGGUCCUCCAACCCCAUCUCGUGCCCUGCCGCAGUUUCCCUGGUGUCCAACGUGAGCCAGCACCUGGUGCACCUGGAGGGGUCUCUGUGCCACCUGUGGCGCCACCUGCGCCAGCGGCCUCAGGACCUGCAGCUGGGCAGGGACCUGUGCAGUGUGCGGCACCUCAGGGACGAGCUGGAGACCUGCUCCCAGGCGCUGGCAAAGGUCAAGGCGCAGAUGGGGCAGCUGGACGCCUUGGCUGCACAGGUGGAAGGGUGUCCACAGUACCAACAACAGUGGCCUCCUCUCCCUGGUGUCAAGACAAAACGACAGGCUCCCUGGCUCCCUCUGCUCCUGCUCGCCGCCACUUGGUGGGCCUGCAAGUCAUCCGGUCUUUUCGGUCGCCUUCCGCAGCCGCCGUACUGGUCUUGGCGCAGUCCCGCAUGACCUGUCCAGCCAGUUUCUGUGGUGCACGCGAUAGAACUAGCGGCUACCGCAUCAGCGUGCAUUUCCGAGUGCCUCGAGAAGAAGACCUUGAUCGUGCGGUUGAUGGCACGGACGGCGUGGCAGGAGCACCUCGGAUUGGCUCGCAUCGUGCAGUCGACGGCGCAUCUUGGCUGGGAGACUUUUGGAUGGGGCUGGGUGGAGGCGGCACCCGUGGCUCGUCCCUCUGCUGCUGUUGGUUGUUGUGCUCUCUGCGGUUCCGUAGUUCUGCCAGGAAUUCGGGUCUCUUCCAGUGUGGGAUAGGAACGGCGUCGAUCUGACUACCUCCACCCGUAUUGUAGUUGGGCCGGUUCUUUGGCUGUUCGUUUGGCUGGACAUACAUUGCACGGUGCGACCUGCAAGUAGAGUGCAGACGACAUACGGCAGCCAUUUGGCUAGGUCUACACUGGAGAAUGGUGGUUCCAGAUGCUCGGCCAGCAAUAAAAUAAAGCAAAGUUUGUGUA